UUACAUCGUCUCGUCGUAACUCUGCCGACUCUUCCGCUUCUACCGAAACAAUGUCAUCGCAAACUUCACCAAUUUCGAAUACUCCACCAACACCAAAAGAAUAUGAAAGUAAUUUGUCAGCUCUUCAAUCAGCUGUUUCUGCACUGGUUUCAGCUCAAACAGGAAGGACACAAUCUAUUGAUAGUGGUUCUAGAGCUACAAAUCAUAGGGAGUCAAAAAGAGUAGGUUCUAAACCUCCUCGACAACUUCAAUGUUUUAAUUGUGGUAUAAAAAAUACACCGCUCUGGCGUAGAACACCAGAUAGAAUGCAUUCAUUAUGUAAUGCUUGCGAAUAUUCUGACAUAUCAUCAGACCAUCCAAUGGGACUUGAAUCUAAUGGAGAAGAAGCAACUCUUGAAGCCACAAUUCAAUCAGAAACAUCAACAUUUACACCUUCUACACCUUCAUAUUCCGC